AUUAAACCUAUUAUGAAUUCAAAACAAAUCAGCAGAUCUUAUACUUCGUCGCAGCUUCUUCACCCAUUCGCGAACUUUCGAUUUCAGGAUUUCCUUCACCUAUAACUCUUUUAGAAUUUCCUUCUCCUAUAACUCUUCAUCCUUCUUCGGCUCGAUCAAUCGCUUGAAGGUCUUCAUAGUUGUUGCAGUUCAUUCUGCCAGCCCAUCCAUCAGCUCCUUUUACAGUGUUUUUCCUGCUAACUGACCUGAUUUCAAGAAAUUCUUUUAUAUCGGAGUGUCGGAGAUGGCUGAGGAGGGACACACGGUCUUGUUGAAUGUGUAUGACUUAAGCCAAGGAUUAGCUCGCCAGAUGUCUGCUGCAUUCUUGGGCAAAACCAUUGAAGGCAUAUGGCACACUGGAGUAGUUGUUUAUGGUAAUGAAUAUUAUUUUGGCGGCGGGAUACAACAUGCUCCUGUGGGUACUACACCCUAUGGGACUCCUAUUCGAGUUGUGGAACUCGGUGUCACACAUCUUCCAAAGGAUGUUUUUGAAUCAUAUUUGCAGGAGAUUAGCCCCCGUUACACUGCAGAGACCUAUAGUUUACUGACCCAUAACUGCAAUAAUUUCAGCAAUGAGGUCGCUCAGUUUUUGGUGGGUGCAACCAUUCCAGAAUAUAUUCUGAACCUUCCUAAUGAGGUCAUGAGCAGCCCAAUGGGUGCUCUCAUGUUGCCAAUGAUACAACAGAUGGAGGCUACAUUAAGGGUUGGUGCAGUUCCUCAAGCUCCUGUCUUCAAACCUUCAACAACAGCUCCUCUUGCUUCCCAUUCGGGAAGCAACAAGAGUGUAUCGGAAGACACAAUAAAAGAGGGUGUUGAUUCGGGAUCGGGAGUGAAAAAUGGAAAGAGCGAUGAAGUUGCAGGUGCAGUCAAUCCUGUGGAUCCUUUGGGAGACGCCCGGAGCAAGAUACAAGGGGAGAUCACUAGAGAGUUUGCUGCAAUUAUGGCAACCGGGACAUUGCGUGCAAGUGAGGCUGCGGCAUUGGCAACUAAAAGAGUCAUGCAAAGAUAUGGGCACACAAGUGUUGCACAGAGUUGAGAUAAAAACUGAAUUACUUUAUAUUUGUUGUGUGUAUUACAUUACAUCUAAUCAUUGGUCGUCGGAGGAAAAUGGCUUCCACAUUGGGUUUAUGUUACUUAGCGAUUUUAAUAUUUAAUUUGAAAUGUAUUACGAGACUUCAAUUGGUUGUGGUUUUAAUUAAAAAAAAAAACGUUAGCACA